AUGGUGAAUGUCUUGGCGAGAUCUCCUGGAAACUUGAAUGAAGUAAUCGUGAGUCGGAAGCAAACCUUCACAUGUGUGGUGAUUAUAUUCUGUUCAGUGAGUUUCAUUGAGUUUCAUUGUCUGAAGCAGAUACUGGAGGUCAUGUUUAGUAAUGCCGGGAUACGAAGUGGAAGUGCCACUGUCGUGUUGGAGUUGACAUCGGUUGGCAGUAAAGUUAGAAGCUGCAAACUAAGUGCCUGUCAUAAAACCUGUUGAGCGUGUGAAAGGCAGCAAAGUUCGAAAGGUGGCAAAGUUCAGUGAGACUGGGCGUGAAAUAUUGGACUCAAACAAGACGGUUACCUCUAAGGGGCAGGGUUGUACAAUUUGAACUGUCAGGCUGAUAAUGAACAAGCCAAUGAAGCUGUGAACGAAAAUAUGGCCACCUUGAAAGACGAAACCUGCGAAAGUUGUCCAAGAAAAAACUGGUUGAUGAUUUGA